AUGGCCUCUAGCAGUAAACAUCAUAUGGAUUUGGGGGAAGAAUAUUCGGCUCUUUCCUUAGGGGAUGAUGAGGAGGAGUUUGAUGAUGAGUUCCCUAUUGCAGAAGGGGCUGCUGCCGAUAUAGAGAUUGAAACUCCUUUCAUCCUUGUCGGUAAACUCCUUUCGGAGAAACCUACCCGCUUCAACUUCUUGAAGGAUACAAUGGCUUCUAUUUGGAAACCCAAGAAAGGAAUGAUGGCAAGGGAAGUCUCCACAAAUUUGUUCCUUUUCUUUUUCGUUAAUGAACUUGACAUCAGGAAAGUCCUUGACGAUGGUCCUUGGUCCUAUGAUGAGAACCUUCUUCUCCUCAAAAGGAUAGAAUCCAACAUUCCUCCUCACAGAGUGCAGCUUAUUGCAGCGGAUUUCUGGGUUCAGGCAUACAACAUUCCGACCAAUAUGCAAACAUACAAAACAGCGGAGAUGAUUGGAUCCUCCCUUGGCUCCUUCAUAAAAGCUGAUGAUAUUGUUGACAAUAAUCCUGAUGGUCUCUCCACAAGUUUCAUGCGAGUCAGAGUCCAGUUGGACACUUCCAAGCCUCUUACCAAGAAGAUGAAGAUUAAACCCGCUACAGGAGAACCUUUCUACAUAGAGUUCAAAUAUGAGAAAUUACCAACUUUUUGCUUUAUUUGCGGCUUGAUCGGUCACAACAAUAGAUCUUGUGGCAAACUCUUUGAAGGCAGCGUGGAGGACUAUGGUCCGGAACUAAGGGCCAUCGGCCUGUGA